GGUUGAAGAGGGAGAAAAGAAACAUAUUUUUAAGCUGUUGUUAUUUAUGCCGCCGGUUCGGGAGAUGUGUCGGAUUUGACGGCGCCUUCCUCCAUUGACCUCCGGUCAGUUUCCCUGCUCGAUUCCGACCAUUCACUGGCACGUCCCUCAAUAAUAAUUUUUUUUGACCAAUUUAUCUUAUCUGUCACCACGAUAUUUAAACGAAAUAAUGGAAAGAGGGAAGUGAAAAGGGACAGGGGCCAGGGGGCAGGGCACCGAAGUGGAUUUUCGAAUCCCAGCGACUAUUAACCCUCUCUCCUUUUGCAUUAAAAUAUUAGAUUGCGGGGAUUUCUUAGUGUGAGAAAGAUUUGAUUUGAGAGAGAAAUUUUAUAUUUUAAUAUCCAUUUUUCUUUUAAAAAACAUUACACCGUAUAAAAUGCCAGACCAUUGAACCAGGGGUGGAAACCUUGUUUUAUUACAGCCCACCUCUUCCUUCUCUCCCUUUAUCCUUUUUUGCAUUACAGAAAUCUCCCUCUUUCAUUCUGUUGUCUCUGAGAUGGCCCGGAACGGUGGCGUUGCUUGGAUGAGGACGACGGAGAAGAUAGACGGCUACGAUCUUUCUACUUCUGAUACCGAAGAAGUUCAUGUUCUUGCCGUUGAUGAUAGCCUCGUUGAUCGGAAAGUCAUUGAGCGCUUGCUCAGAAUUUCCUCUUGUAAAGUGACGGCAGUGGAUAGCGGGAGGAGAGCUUUGCAAUACCUGGGGUUAGAUGAGGAGAUUCAAAAGAAAGAAACGAAUGGUUUUGAUGGUCUGAAGGUUGAUCUGAUCAUCACCGAUUAUUGUAUGCCUGGAAUGACCGGCUACGAAUUGCUCAAAAAAGUGAAGGAAUCUUCAGCUUUUAGAGAAAUCCCAGUUGUAAUCAUGUCAUCUGAGAACGUUAUAGCUCGAAUCGACAGAUGCUUAGAGGAAGGAGCAGAGGAUUUUAUAGUGAAACCAGUGAAAUUGUCAGAUGUAAAACGCAUAAUAGAUUACACGACCACAGAGUUAAGAGAGGGAGAACUAAGAGAAGGAGCAAGAGCAAAAAGAAGAGGAAUCAACAAAAGAAAGCAAAGAGAAGGAGAUGACGAUCUGUCAUCAUCCCCACCGUCCACUUUAUCAUCAUCAACAUCAUCAUCACCAUCAUCCUCGAUUCAAUCAGCAACAGCACCAUCGUCUCCUUCAACACUGGAUUCUCCCACCAGACGACUGAAAAUGACAAGCUCUGAAUAGAGCAGCAUAUUUUACUACUAAUAAAAAAGAUUUCCACUUUUAGAAAACUAGACCAAACCCCUCCCUGCAAUUCUCCCGUUAAUAAUUUUUGACGGUUUUUGUUGCGCUUUGCAAAUCAAUCAAAUCUCCCUUUCUCUUCUUCCUAAGUUUUUGUACUUUCUGUUAAUUAUAUUUAUAUAAUGUAACAAAAUGGGAUUCCAAUUACUAACUCAGAUUAAAUUA